AUGACCUCUGUACCACAGCCCAUUCUCCAAGCCCUGUCACUCCCCAGUCCAUCCAAGGUCAACCUCUCCGGCCUUGGCUCAGGCUUCACAAGCACAGGUGCAAUCCGCGCCCAAGUCCCAGGAAAAGAUGGCGCCGAAGAAGAGCGCCGGUACUUCGUGAAAACAGCAACAAAUGGCAAAGCCGCCGAAGAAAUGUUCCAAGGAGAAUACGAAUCCCUCAACGCAAUCGCCGACUCAGUACCGGGAUUCUGCCCACGAGCCCUCGCCUGCGGACCACUAGACAAAGACGGCACAAACGCGAAGGGCUACUUUCUUGUAACGGAAUUUCUCGAACUCGGAGGUGCCACGAGUCGCAGCAAGGGUGACGAAACUACACCCACUACACUUGCCCACAGAUUGGGCAAGCUACAUACCACGCCCGCACCUGCAGACCCAGAAACCGGCCGGCGCAGAUUCGGAUUUCCCGUGCCGACUUUCUGUGGUGAUACAAAACAGCCAAACCGGUUUCAUGAUAGCUGGGCUGACUUCUAUGCGAACGAGCGGCUUCUCACGGUCCUGGCUACCUCCGAAGAACGCAAUGGGCGGGACGAGGGUCUCCGCGAGGCUGUUGAACAAACGGCUUAUAAGGUUGUGCCGCGGCUGCUAGGUGAUGAUCAUCUGGGGUAUAAUGUCAAUGGCGAGGGAGAGGGUAUCGUGCCUGUUGUUAUCCAUGGGGAUUUGUGGAGUGGAAAUGCGGAUCGGGGUCGUAUAUUGGGGACCGGUCGGGAUGAGACGCCUGGUGAUGUUGUUUAUGAUUCUUCUGCUUGCUAUGGGCAUAGUGAGUUUGAACUUGGGAUUAUGCAUAUGUUUGGUGGGUUUGGGUCGCGGUUCUUUGAUCAGUAUCAUCGUAUUGUGCCGAAGACCGAGCCUGUUGCGGAGUAUGCCGAUCGGGUUGAGUUGUACGAACUGUAUCACCAUCUGAAUCAUCAUGCUAUCUUUGGUGGAGGGUAUCGCUCUGGUGCUAUGUCGAUCAUGCAGAAGUUGAUCAAGAAGUAUGGAAAGGACUAA